AUGCCCCCCAAAGCCAAAGCAGGAUCCGGCAAGAAGCCCGCUGCCGCCCCAUUCGGCGCCAGCAAAUCCAAGAAGGCAGCGAAGAACCCUCUCUUCGAGUCCACCCCAAAGAACUUUGGCAUUGGUCAGGACAUCCGCCCCACCACCGACCUCACCCGCUUCGUCAAGUGGCCUGAAUACGUCCGUCUUCAGCGCCAGAAGGUCAUCCUCCACCAACGCUUGAAGGUUCCCCCCGCCAUCGCGCAGUUCUCCCACACCCUCGACAAGAACACCGCCACUCAGCUCUUCAAGCUCCUCAACAAGUACCGUCCUGAGUCCAAGGUCGAGAAGAAGACCCGUCUUGAGGCUGCUGCUGCCGCAGCUGCUGACGGAAAAGACACCAAAGACGAGAAGAAGCCCCUCUUCGUCAAGUACGGAUUGAACCACAUUGUCGCCCUCGUUGAGGCCAAGAAGGCUUCUCUCGUUGUCAUUGCCCACGAUGUUGACCCCAUCGAGCUUGUUGUCUUCCUCCCCGCCCUCUGCCGCAAGAUGGGUGUCCCCUACGUCAUCGUCAAGGGCAAGGCCCGCCUCGGCACAGUCGUCCACAAGAAGACCGCUGCCGUCGUUGCGCUCCAGGACGUGAAGAGCGAAGACCAGCGCGAGCUUGCUACUUUGGUCAGCGCCGCCAAGUCCAACUUCUCUGACAAGUACGAGGAGCAACGCCGCCAAUGGGGCGGAGGUCUCCGCGGCAACAAGUCAACCCAGAUGAUGCGCAAGCGUGCCAAGGCUGCCGGACAGAGCGUCGCCGCUGCUUCCCUCGGCAAGCUCUAA